UUGAGUACCGAUUCAUUCGUCUCUGUUCCUAGGCUCGAGUAAAUUUACUACGCGUAAAAGCAACAAUAAAAGAAGGCGAGGAUAAGUUCACGAAAGAAACUAGAUUCAAAUGUUCUUUCUAACUUGUUACUUGUAGUUAUCUGGUGUUCAGGUGAAGAAAAUUAUAGGAAAUCGUUUUAUUUAGCUAGUUAGCGAGGUAUGGCCGACAUCGAUAAACUCAACAUAGACAGCAUCAUACAGCGCCUGCUGGAAGUGAGAGGGUCAAAGCCUGGUAAGAAUGUUCAGCUUCAGGAGAAUGAAAUCCGUGGUCUCUGUCUGAAAUCUCGUGAGAUCUUUCUCAGCCAGCCUAUCCUGUUGGAAUUGGAGGCCCCUCUAAAGAUCUGUGGUGACAUUCAUGGGCAGUACUAUGAUCUGCUGAGGCUCUUUGAAUAUGGCGGCUAUCCUCCUGAAAGUAACUACCUGUUCCUUGGGGACUAUGUGGAUCGGGGCAAACAGUCACUCGAGACCAUCUGCCUUCAGCUGGCCUACAAAAUUAAAUACCCAGAGAACUUCUUCCUGCUCAGGGGUAACCAUGAAUGCGCCUCAAUCAAUCGCAUUUAUGGUUUCUAUGAUGAGUGCCGAAGGCGCUACAACAUUAAGCUAUGGAAGACAUUUACUGACUGCUUCAACUGCUUACCCAUUGCUGCCAUUGUGGAUGAGAAGAUCUUCUGUUGCCAUGGAGGUUUGUCUCCAGACCUGCAGUCCAUGGAGCAGAUCCGACGCAUCAUGAGGCCCACAGAUGUGCCUGACCAGGGCCUGCUGUGCGACCUACUGUGGUCUGAUCCAGAUAAAGAUGUGCUAGGCUGGGGAGAGAACGACCGUGGUGUCUCCUUUACCUUUGGUGCUGAAGUGGUGGCCAAAUUUCUCCAUAAACAUGACUUGGACCUGAUCUGCAGGGCUCACCAGGUGGUGGAAGACGGCUAUGAGUUCUUUGCCAAGAGGCAGUUGGUGACGCUUUUUUCUGCGCCAAACUAUUGUGGUGAGUUUGACAAUGCUGGAGCCAUGAUGAGUGUGGACGAGACCCUCAUGUGUUCUUUUCAGAUUUUGAAGCCAGCAGAGAAGAAGAAGCCAAACUCAAGUCGUCCAGUGACUCCACCAAGGAACAUGGUCACCAAGCAGGCAAAGAAAUAAGGCCUGUCACACCAGUGCAGUGGCCAUUUUUGGACUGGUCCUAUUAAGUUUCUUUAAUUUGUUACAGCUUCAGAUUUUCUCUCUGGCAUAGUGGUUAUGUGGAAUCACAUGAAACUGUCCACAGUUUAGGUUUCUUUUGCAUGCAUGUCCCAUACCCCCAACUUUAUCAAUUUUUUUUUUAAAUUCCAUCUACUUACAUCAACUGAAGACCAGAUUCCGAUACUGCAUCCCCCUUGUAUACCUAAAGAUGCACGUUUCUUAUUUUAGUUCUCAUAUUUUGUUUGAUCUCUUAUAUGCAUAGUGGCAAAGCAUUCACACUGUUUUGGCACCAGUUAAUGCAGGGAACUUUUCUAUCUGUGGAAUCACUCUACCGUUUCUUCUCCAUAAUGUUUUAUGCUCCACUCCCCCUGUACCCAUUUAAACCACUGUGAACAAAAAAAAAGCAAAAUAUUCACUUCAUGAAAUGGAGCAAAUGGCAUCUGAAGAAAGAUUUCAGGCUAGCUUGUGUGAAUGAGCCAGAUUUGCUGUUCUAUCCAGUUGUAUUUUAAGAAAUGUUUUAAGAUAAUCCUGUGACUUAUUUUAUUUCUUCUUAAAAGGUAAUGAAAACUAAAUUAAUUCAUGCGUAAUGAAUCUGUUGAUCUGUAGUAUUGCAUUCAAAGCUAAGUAGAUCUAGCUGAGGUGGGGGGUUUUUAAUGAAAAAUUAUAUCCAAAUUAAACAAGCAUCAAACCUCAAUUUUUAUUCAGUUCACUUUUUAUUUUACCAAGAUGCUUUUGCUUUUUUUUCUUCUUCAGUAUAAUUUGUUUAGGAUUUAGGAGCUUUUGCAUCAGGUAUGAGCAUGUCAUAGGUUUCUCAGGAGGAUGUUUUGUUGUGCACAUUUUUUCUCAGGGCAUGCAAGUUUUUGGCAUGUCUGAUAAUGUAGCUUAAUGCCAUGUAUGUUGACUUUCAAGGUCUACUUUGUUUUGUUUGUUUUAAGAUGUGUCUCCCAGAUCUACUGUCUAUACAAAAACAGUUUGAGUCCUUGCAAUAACUCAAUUUUCCACGUUAUAA